CUUGCGCUUCAUCCCGCGCAACGUGGACAAAACCAAACCUCAAGUUUGCGCACACACGCAGCCUACCCUCUUGACACAUACACCUCUAUCUUCAGCCUACAAAAUCUCGAGCGACCCUAUCCCCGUGCACUUCCUCAUACCAUACCGUAGUGUUCCUCAGCAUACGUCACCCUACAAAUAAUAGCACAGCUCCGAGGCAGCUGCGGCGCAUCACUCAGAACUUCAUCAUGUCGCGCCCUACGAUCUCAAAGGCCAAAACUUCAUAUCCAAUCUUUGCCGCAAGCUUCGCAACCAGCAGACCAGGUGUACUCGCAGUAGGAGGUGGAGGUGGUGGAGGAAGACAUGGCGUUAAGAACAAGAUCACACUCUUCGACUUCACAUCACGAGCACCGUCCGUCGAACCUAUCGCCGAAAUCGAAGCCUCCACAGACGACUCAGUGACAUGUCUUGCGAACCUCGCUACGAAAGAUGGUUUGAUACUAUACGCUGGAGUGAACAGCAGCGAAGAGGAUCGCGCAAAGGACAAUAACGAGCACUUCCGCGCAUUCGAGGUCCAACUACCUAAGGGGAAAGUUGCGACCGACGGUGCAGACGCCAACGUCUCGUAUCUAAGCAAGACAAAGCUCUUCGCACCAGUGCAGAAUGUCAAUGCAAAGAAGGAGGGGUACCAACGUCUGGUGCGCCUGUCACCACCACAAAGAACGGCAGCAAGCACACCAACACGGCGCAUCGGCGCGAUAGCGUCCAGUCUUGCGGGCGACGAGAACGAGAUUGUGGUCUUCAGCGCUACUUCGAACAAGCCACAGGAUCCGCAGGAUAUCCUUCAGCGUAUCAGGUUAGGAAAGGGCGAAGAAGCCAAUGAUCUUGACAUCUUUGACAAAGGGGAUGGCCAGUUCGAGCUUGCCUAUGUGCUCGACUACGAUGUAGUAGUCCACAACAUCAGCACUACGCAGACCAAGCCUAAGAACGAGCGCCGGAAGCUGUACUCCAUUCCAUUGCCAGAUCUCGGAGAGAAGGGUGGACGUUCCAAGUUGCGGUGCAUACGAUGGCUUACCCCGGAGCAUCUUCUUCUGCUGGUCAACAAGCCCAAUAGGACGGGAGUUGGACUGUUGCUCGUACACAUGUACGAGGAAGGUCCAGGCAGCGUUGUCUUGCGAAAGACUUUACCGAGGCGCGUGAAGGCUGCAUCAGACAUGGACGUUGCACUCCUGGACGCAGACUCGACUGGGGCAUACCAGAUCGCUAUCGCUAUAGCUUCGAUCGACAUAUCGCUCCUCGUUUACUCGAUAGACUACCACGGCCGCUCACGGAACUCCCUGAGCUCUUUCUACCACUUCGCUACUUACGAGAAUGUACACGAGGUCCAGAUGACAAAAGCAGUCUUCUCACCUUUCCAUAAGCCUGUCGCUCCUCCGGACCAGUCUGCAGACCGAAAGGCAGGGCCGCAGUACCUUCGGCUAGCCUCGACAUCGCUAGGCAACACCAUCUCAGUGGAGACCUUCGAGCUGCAGCCAUACAAUGGACGCUAUGUCCUCCAGACAACGCGAACGAGGAACAUGUACAGCGCCGCCACAUACCUCGUCAUAGCCAUGGUCAUUGCCGCAGUAGCACUGAUGAUCCAGUCCUUCAUCGAUCCCCAGGGCGAGUUGACAAAACACAUCGUGCCACGCAGUCUCCAGAGUGCAGGCUCCCAGUACAAACCUAUGGGCGAACUGGCGCGUGAAAAGCGCCACCAAGCCGCCCUCAACAACGCAGACACGCCCACGAUGAAGACGGUGCACCGCAUCCAGGAUCUCCUCCACCUGCACAUGCCCUACCACGCGUCGCCGAACCCUCCGGCCCAGCAGAAAGCGCUGGUCAUUCAUCACGACACCGAUGGCGCCGAGCUUAGUACGGAGGUGCACGAGAGCACGGAUGAGGUGAUUAAGAAGCACACCGAGGCGAAGCGGUGGGAGGAGCUGAGUGAAAGGGAGAGACACUACUGGAGGAAGAAGCUCAGUGAUGCCGGGAUGUGGGCGGUGGGUGAGGGCGAGACGAUCCUGAAGAGCAUCUUCUUUGGCAAUAUCGCGGGUGCUAUUGGUGCUGCUGCGCAGGGUGUGAUUGGCUGAGCGGCGAGAGACUGAGGGGUGCGUGUGGUGCUGUGAGGAAGGCACGGUGAACCAAGAUGGAGCGUUAUUACGGUUCGGUGACUGCCUGGAGGAGAUGCGUGGAGCUCGGUCACUGGACAGGUGUCAGGCACGUGGAGAGUGCCUCUGGUACCUGAUCUCAGCGGUGUCCGAGCUAGGGUUGUGCUCGUGUUUCUUCUUCCUAGCUGUGCAUGUGAUAUCCUACACUUCCUAGAGCAUCAAAUGAGAUGCACGUCACUUUCGCUCGAGCAGUUGCUGUAUUGUCUGACUGCUUUCACGAUUGUGAUC